CUAUUUUCGCACCGUGCCUUUUUGUCGCUUUGACAACUACCUCGUGUUUUUGUCUUCCCUUUUUCUGCAACACUCAUCUAGGACGGAAAAUUUCACAGCAUUACUUUGCGCAAAAUUCAUUUAAUAACCAAAUUGGAUAUUCAUUGUGGUUGUACAACAAAAUGUCAGUGGAAGUAACAAAAGUGGAAACCACAGUCAAUGCGGAGGAAGGCGCAGAAAAUGCGGCAACCGAGGCGUCAGCUCCUGCCGCAACUGGAGAGGAGGUAAAAAAACAAAAGAAGCCUAAACCAAAUAAUAAGAAACUGCGACAAGCAGAGGCAGCGGCGAAAAAAACAACGGAUGGUGAAAAUAGUGAAACAGUAAAUGCGGUGGCUAACGGUGAGUCCAAAGAGGAAGCUGAAAAUGCCACAAAUGAGGGCGAUAAAAAGUCCGCGCCUAAGAAGAAGAAUAAAAACAAAAACAAAGGCGGUAAUAAGAAAGUGCAAACCGAUCCACCGAGCAUACCAAUUGCAGAACUCUUCCCUGAUGGACAAUUUCCAGAGGGUGAGAUUUUACAACAUCCCACACCUAAAGAUCUGCCCGAUGAUCGUACUGCCAAAGAUCGUUUUACAUCGGAGGAAAAACGUGCUUUGGAUCGCAUGCAUAACGAUAUCUAUCAGGAAUUGCGUCAGGCUGCCGAGGCACACAGACAAACCAGGCAGUACAUGCAACGUUACAUUAAGCCCGGCAUGACUAUGAUUCAGAUUUGCGAAGAAUUGGAGAAUACAGCACGUCGUUUGAUUGGUGAAAAUGGACUGGAAGCCGGUUUGGCAUUUCCCACCGGUUGCUCAUUGAAUCAUUGCGCAGCACAUUACACGCCUAACGCUGGCGAUACGACUGUCUUGCAAUAUGAUGAUGUUUGCAAAAUUGAUUUCGGCACACACAUCAAGGGACGCAUUAUAGAUUGCGCCUUCACGCUGACAUUUAACAAUAAGUACGACAAACUUUUGCAAGCUGUGAAGGAAGCCACUAAUACAGGUAUCAAAGAAGCCGGUAUUGAUGUACGUCUAUGCGAUGUAGGCGCUGCUAUACAGGAAGUUAUGGAAUCAUAUGAAUUGGAGUUGGAUGGCAAAACAUAUCCAAUCAAAUCUAUCAGAAAUCUGAACGGCCAUUCCAUCAGUCCAUAUCGUAUACACUCGGGCAAGACUGUGCCAAUUGUCAAGGGUGGCGAAUCCACACGCAUGGAAGAGAAUGAGUUCUACGCUAUCGAGACUUUCGGUUCAACCGGUCGCGGUCUGGUGCAUGACGAUAUGGAUUGUUCGCAUUACAUGAAGAAUUUCGAUGCCCCAUUCGUGCCAUUGCGUUUGCAAUCAUCCAAACAGUUACUGGGCACAAUCAAUAAACAUUUCGGCACAUUGGCGUUCUGUAAACGUUGGUUGGAUCGCGCCGGUGCCACCAAAUAUCAAAUGGCGCUGAAGGAUCUUUGCGAUAAAGGUGUUGUGGAGGCCUAUCCACCACUGUGCGACAUUAGAGGUUGCUACACAGCCCAGUAUGAGCAUACAAUUAUGUUGCGCCCAUCAUGUAAAGAGAUUGUAUCGCGUGGUGAUGAUUAUUAGUACAUAUACACAUACAUACAGCAACGCAUGUGUAGAAGAAUAAUGCAAAUUCUAAAUUGUUUUCAUAAUUAUAAUUUUAUCUAGCGCUCAAUGGAAUUAACACCUGAAAUUUAACCCAAUUCAAAAUUAUUUUCCUUAAAUGUGUGUAACAAUAAAUAAUAAUACAAAGAUUUGGCUAAA